ACUUUUCCCACAUUAAACUCCCUUUCACAAUUUCACCGGCCUUUCUCCUUUUCAACCUCCAUUCUCCUCAAAUCUAGACAAAAAUGACCCCCCGCCGCAUCCUUCUCGCCUUCUCCCUCCUCGUCGCGAUAUCCGCCGUUUCUGCCGGCCGUAAACGCGACGCCCUUGUCGGAGGAUACAAGUCCAUCAAAGAUCUCAACGAUCCGUACGUUCAAGAUGUGGCCAAAUUCGCCGUAACAGAACAUAACAAAGAAGGAAAAGACCAUCUCGAAUUGGUCAAAAUCAUUAAAGGUGAGUCUCAGGUUGUCGCCGGAACUAAUUAUCGUCUUACAAUCGCCGCCAACGAUUCUCACCAGUAUGAGGCUGUUGUUUAUGAUAAACCAUGGCAACAUUACAGGAGUCUCACAUCUUUCACUCCUAUUUAAAAUUUCUAUGUUUAAUUGUUGAUUUGUACUUGAAAAAAAUGUUAUGAGUGAGAUUUUAUGAUUGCUUCAAUGUGAUAUGAAAUAAGAGUGUAUUUUUCGUUCUUUGUCGGUUGUAAUGUUAAUACGAAAUCCAAUGUGAUGAUAUCGUGAAAUUUGUUUUA